GCGGGCGGGCGGGCGGCGUCGGCGGCAUCGCUUGCGAGAGGGCGGGCUGGGUCAGCUGCUGCGGGCGCCCGACGCGUCUCCUGCCGCCGUCCUGCCUCCGCCACGAUGCCUGGGAUCGACAAGUUGCCCAUCGAGGAGACGCUGGAGGACAGCCCGCAGACAAGGUCUUUACUGGGUGUAUUUGAAGAAGAUGCUACAGCUAUUUCCAACUAUAUGAAUCAGUUGUAUCAAGCUAUGCAUCGGAUUUAUGACGCACAGAAUGAAUUAAGUGCAGCAACACACCUGACUUCGAAACUAUUAAAAGAAUAUGAAAAACAGCGUUUCCCACUGGGGGGUGACGAUGAAGUUAUGAGCUCUACUCUACAACAGUUCUCAAAAGUUAUAGAUGAGCUUAGCUCUUGUCAUGCGGUACUUUCAACUCAGCUUGCUGAUGCCAUGAUGUUCCCCAUUACCCAGUUUAAAGAAAGAGAUCUUAAAGUUAGUAUUUUGGUGAUCAUUGAAAAGAAUCAUUAUAGUGUGUCUGGUACAAUGGAGGUCUUCGGGGUAAAGUAUGAAGUGACAGAAGAUGUGUACACUUCCAGAAAAAAGCAACACCAGACCAUGAUGCAUUAUUUUUGUGCACUGAAUACUCUUCAGUACAAGAAGAAAAUAGCAUUGUUAGAACCUCUUCUUGGGUACAUGCAAGCUCAGAUAAGUUUCUUUAAGAUGGGUUCUGAAAACCUCAGUGAGCAACUGGAAGAAUUUUUAGCUAAUAUUGGAACAAGUGUGCAGAACGUUCGCAGGGAAAUGGACAGUGAUGUGGAGACUAUGCAGCAGACAAUAGAGGAUUUGGAAGUAGCCAGUGACCCUUUGUAUGUGCCCGACCCAGACCCCACCAAAUUUCCUGUUAAUCGGAAUUUAACCCGAAAGGCUGGAUACCUUAAUGCCAGGAAUAAAACAGGCUUGGUGUCAUCUACUUGGGAUAGACAGUUUUACUUCACGCAGGGUGGCAACUUAAUGAGCCAAGCCCGCGGAGACGUGGCAGGUGGCCUGGCCAUGGACAUAGACAACUGCUCAGUCAUGGCGGUGGACUGCGAAGACAGGCGCUACUGUUUCCAGAUCACCUCUUUCGAUGGAAAAAAAUCUUCAAUUUUGCAAGCAGAGAGUAAAAAAGACCAUGAAGAGUGGAUUUGUACAAUUAACAACAUAUCUAAACAAAUAUACUUAAGUGAAAAUCCAGAGGAAACUGCUGCGCGAGUAAAUCAGUCAGCUUUGGAAGCUGUUACCCCUUCCCCGUCUUUCCAGCAAAGACAUGAGAGCCUGCGGCCAGCAGGACAAUCUCGGCCACCAACAGCUCGAACGAGCAGUUCGGGAUCCUUAGGCUCUGAGUCCGCCAGUUUGGCUGCCCUGUCUCUAGACUCUCUCGUGGCCCCAGACACCCCGAUACAGUUUGACAUCAUCUCCCCCGUGUGUGAAGAUCAGCCUGGUCAGGCCAAGGCCUCUGGCCAGGGAGGCAGGCGUACAAAUCCAUUUGGAGAAUCUGAAGGAAGUGCAAAAUCUGAAACUGAAGAUUCUAUUCUUCAUCAGUUAUUUAUUGUCCGAUUCCUUGGUUCUAUGGAGGUGAAAUCAGAUGACCAUCCAGAUGUUGUUUAUGAAACAAUGCGCCAAAUCUUAGCUGCCCGGGCCAUCCACAACAUCUUUCGUAUGACAGAGUCACAUUUAUUAGUUACUUGUGACUGUUUAAAGUUAAUUGAUCCACAGACACAAGUCACAAGGCUUACGUUUCCUUUGCCCUAUGUAGUUUUGUAUGCUACACACCAGGAAAAUAAGAGGCUUUUUGGAUUUGUUCUGCGGACAUCGGGAGGGAGAAGCGAGAGCAGCCUGGCAUCGGUCUGCUACAUAUUUGAGUCUAACAAUGAAGGGGAGAAGAUUUGUGAUUCUGUCGGCCUGGCAAAACAGAUAGCUUUGCAUGCUGAACUGGAUCGUAGGGCAUCUGAAAAACAAAAAGAAAUAGAAAGAGUAAAAGAGAAGCAACAGAAAGAACUCAGUAAACAAAGACAGAUUGAAAAGGACUUGGAAGAACAAAGCCGGUUGAUAGCCGCUUCCAGUAGACCAAACCAAGCCAGCAGUGAAGGGCAGUUUGUUGUCCUUAGCAGUAGCCAGUCAGAAGAGAGCGACUUAGGAGAAGAAGGAAAGAAGAGAGAGUCAGAAGCAUAAACUUUUCUUUGGUUUUUUGAUUGCGCCCCCUCCCUUUUCUUUGGUGAAAUGGCACAAGGUAACAACUAUGUUGAAAUAACACAGUGUGUAUUUGCUUGUUUUAGCUUCAUUAAAAAAUAAGGUUGAUUGGAAAAAAUAAGAUUGAAUUUUAUGACUUAGGCUUACAUUCUUUUUUUCCUUAAAAAUAAUGUAACAUACAUUAACGUUAAAUGUCACAUAACUGCUUAUUUCCCUGACUACAUUGCUAAGGCAUAUAGCUUUGCUGAAACAUUUUUUCCUUAAAUUGCCAAUGUUUUCUUUUGUAUUGUAAUUGGCCAACCCUAUAAGAAAACAUUUAUUCUGCGGAUUCAGAUAUUCACGGGUGUGUACCCUCCCUUCCAUUAGGAAUAUUUUGCUUGUAGUGAGGAAGCUUUCAAUUGAACAAGUUUAAAACUCCUUCUACAGAGAAUUCUACAGGUUUGCAAAUACUUCAACAAUAUGAAAUGUGCAAUAGGAUUUGUAUAAAGCCAUUAGGACAGACUUUAGAUUCAAGGUUUCUAGUUGUGGCAGGUGGCGCUAUAGAUUCCUACGCACUUUGUUGGAUUGCUUACAUUUCUCUGCCGUACUGUAUCUGAUGCCAGAGGAAAUAAGCUUAAGUGUCUUCAAUUCAAGAUUGAUACAGGGCUUGGCAUUAUAUUACCAUAUUCUUAGUUCUCAGGUUGGGACUUCAGUUAUUGCUACAGAGCAGUAAUGGGUUAAAAGAAGAUUUUGAAAUUCAUUAAAAUGAUUUUUUGUUAUGCAAGUACAUUUUAGAUGAUGUGUAAAGAUGUUACAGGAUAAUACAGUGUAUUUUCUGCAUUGUAUGAAAUUUUAUUGAUAACCAAAUAAUAUUUCAAAAGAAAUUCUAUUAACAGUUAUGUUACUGCUUAAAGUAAAAUUCUCAGAGUUUAGUUUAAAAAAUAUAAUCUUUUAAAUUUUAGACUUCCCAGUAUUUUCAUAAUCCUAUGUUUUGAUAAAGUACUACAUUAUCACUUUAUAUCCACAAAGGCAAAUAACUAGUUUAUGAGCAUAAAAUAAUUUGCACUAAUUAUUGUAAAUACUUGUACUUUACAAAUAAGUAAAAGGUCUAAUUCCAUGAAAGAUUGAAAAGGAAUUGAGGGGGCUGGGGAGAUGGCUCAGUGGAAUAAGCGCUUCCCUGGCAAGUGCAAGGGCCUGAGUUCAAUCCCUGGUUCUGCCAAAAAAAAAAAAAAAAAAAGGGAAUUGAAUGCCUAGUAUAGUUUAGAAGUUGACCGAAGAAAGAUUUUUAGCCUGGCGCUAAGGUUAAAGUGACAUUUCUAUACCGCUUCUGUAUCUAUACUGAUUUCUUUUUUCUUUACUCAGAUUUUAAACAUGGCUGAUAGAAGUUAUGCUCAUGUUUCCACAUGAGAAAGUUUCCACUUGAAAUAAUUGAGUAAAAUAUUUUACAGAACUAAACAUUUACAAUUCAUAAGUCUGAUUUUAUAAGGGAAAAUGUUUAUGUUUUUUGAUAGGUAGUUCUAUGUCUGAAUUGGAAAUGGCAUCUUCGUUCCUAAAAUAUGACUCAGCUGUUUUCACACUUUGUAUGUACAUUACUUUCUGUAGGAAUGGGAUAAUUAUAUAUAGGAUCGUAUAUUCUUUUUAUCUGUGUGCCAAAUGGCCAUAAUGAUUAUUUAAUAUUCUUCCAAGCCUUAUGUUACCAAAACAUAUAAUACACAUGUAGAAAUUUGUGGAAUACUCAAUUAAAGUUUAUUUUGUGCAUACUAAAGGGAUGCUUUCUCUAUAGUGUAUUAUUCCUUUGUGUUGAAGUUAAAAUUUCUCUUGUGGUCAGCCCUUGAUUAGGCACAGCAAGUCCUGCUUUGAAGACUUUUUUUCAGAUUGGUGGUGCUUCUGUUUGGUCCAUUAAGUUGUUUCCUUAUGUAAGUUGGCACCUCACUUAGUUCAGAGGAAAUCUGUUGGUCCCCAAGGAAGGUGGCUCAUCGUUAAGGGGUGUCUUACUUGGCUGGUUCCUUGCAUGGUAACAGUUUUGGUGUCCUUGGUUAGCAUCCUGGGUCAAAGUAUUGGCUGGAGUUCAGAGUUGUUGCAGACGGGGGAUGCUAGACAGACUUGUAAGUCCUUUUAAGUCACAUUUUGUAGAAAUUCUCAUACAUCCAUAUUUUUGGGUCAAACCAAAAUGCAUUCCAAUGCCAAAUAGAAGUAUGAGUGGACUCAGUUUCUGUUCUAGUCCUAUUAAACUGUAUUCCAUUACUGCAGAUUUGUAAGCAUCAACUUUAAGAAGCUCUCCCUUUUGUUGAUAGAAGGUUGCUUAUGGCUUUCUUAUUGUUAAAGCUGAUCUCGUACUGUUACAUCCUCUUGUGAAAGCCCUUCUAGCUCUGGGAUACUUAGAUACUGAUUGUAUUGCACUUGCUGAUUUUUGGAGAUCAACAAAACUGUUCUUUUUUUUUAAGAGCAGAAAUUAAGCCCACCUAAUUGUACUGUGCAUUCUGCUACAUAUAUGAACAGUACAUUUGUAACUGGUAACAGUAGAUAGGAAAUCAGUUAUUCGUGCAUCUUUUUAGAAUUUUAAAAACUUAUUGGG